GGGGAGAAAUUAACUAAUCCUAGUUAGAAGUUAACAAGGAAUGCAAAAAGGAAGUUUACAAUUCUCUCUCUCUUUCUAUCAUAAGUCAAUGUCUGUUUCCCAAUUUAUGUGCGUGUGAAAGUAGCAGCCACAGCCACAGCCACAGGUUCUCUCUCCCAUGACACCUAAAUCAUUUUCAGUGAGUUGGGUCUGCCUCAAUCUCCAUUACUCUUGUUCCACUACUCUUCAAACUUCUCUGCUCUGCUAAAGCUAAUAUCAUAUAGCAAUCCUUUUGCUUUCUUUUUCCACUCACCUGAUGGCUUUCUUUGUCCCAUUUGCUUCUGUGCUUCCUUGAUUCCUUCUUGCACUGAUCUUUUUCUUAAUAGAAGACACGUGCUCUCCUAAUCUCUUUCAGUCAUUUUCUAUGUUUUUUCCACUGCUUAGUUUCUCUGGGUAUGAGUUUUCUCUCAUGGGUUUUCUUGUUUUGGUGCAUUUGGUAUCUCAGAAAUUGAGUUUCUUGUGAAUUGGUGGUUUAAAUGGAGGGUCUUUGUCUUGCUUUUCUUUAGGUAUUCAGGUGGGGAUUUUUGUGGGUAGUGUGUGUACAGUGUCCUAUCAAGAAUUUUUUCAAUGUUUACUGUUGCAAGUGGUUUGUGAGACAGUUUAUUUUGAUUUUUGCCUUGUUUGGUAAAAAGUGUAUGAGAGAGAUCAUUUUCUUGCUUGUUUUGACAACUGUGUUUCUGUCUAAUCUCUUAAAAUAGUGAUUCUAUAGUGUUGCAAUGCAGUCUUGGAGCUAUGUUACUGGAGGUAAGGGGUUAGUAUCCGAUGAAACAAUUUCAUCUUCUGAUGCUAUUGCCAAAAGCAAAAAUGCCUUGAUGGGUUGUAGUUUUGGCAACAACAUGGUCGUCUCAAGUCAACAAGCUAUUGACAAUCAUGGUUUUGGGGAAUUGAUGUAUCAAGAACUCACGGGAAAACAAUUAAUUGAUAAUUCAAUUAGGGCUACUUUGAGCAGCGAGGUUGGUGGUGGAAAAAUUAUCAAUCCUUUUAUGGUCAGCACGAAUGCUUUUUCUGUAGAAGAUGAGUCCACCUCCAGGCUUUCUAGCUCUGUUGUGGACUCUAAUAGUAAGGAUUCUUCAUUCAUUGAUUUGAAGCUGGGAAGAUUUGGUGAUCCUGGAGAUGCUCAGAAUUCCAAGAUUUCCAAAGGAGGAUCCAUUCUGUCUUCAUCCGAGUCAUCUGUGCCUUCGAAGAGAGCUAGACUGGGAGUGAAUUCCCACACUGCCCAUUGUCAAGUUUAUGGUUGUAAUAAGGAUCUCAGCUCCUCAAAAGAAUAUCACAAGAGACAUAAAGUCUGUGAAAUUCACUCCAAGACUGCCAAAGUUAUUGUGAACGGAAUUGAGCAGAGGUUUUGCCAACAAUGCAGCAGGUUUCAUUUGCUAGCUGAAUUUGAUGAUGGUAAACGCAGCUGUCGGAAACGCCUUGCAGGCCAUAAUGAGCGUCGGAGAAAGCCUCAAGUUGGUAUUCACUCUGCAAGGACUGAGAGGCUACUUCAGUCGUACAAUGGCUUUGCCACCAGCAGACUUCAUGGCUCUGCAUUAACAUCUUUUAUCUGCCAAGAUUUACUUCCUACUGACCCAUUGCAUCCUGAGAAAUAUGGAACAAAUAAUUGGCGCAGGCAGAUAAAAAUUGAAGAUGGGUCUGAGUUUAGUCUACUAUCAUCUAUUCCUGUUACAAGUGGGUAUCUGCAAUCCCUAUUCCCUUCUGACAAAUUGGAUGAAGUAUUUAUUCUUUUUCAUGACAAUGAAGCUCCUACUGCAACAGGAAGCAUUUUCGGUGAAAGCACUAAUCGAUAUCCACAUGAAUUGGGAGGCUCAAAUUCUGAUUCACGUUCGUUAAUCCAGGACAUCUCAUUGGGAAAUGAACACUUGACUGCUUUUGAUACAGUAGCAACUAUUCAAGGACUAUCAGGGAUCACAAGCUCUAGCUGUGCUCUCUCUCUUCUGUCAUCCCAGUCACAUAAUUAUUCCAGUCAUUCAGCAGAAAUUUCUAUGGCCUGUCCAGUGGUAGUUACAGGUAAUAAUACCCAUUAUAGUGUGACUCAAAUCUCUGAAAAGCUUACAGGAGUUAGUUCUCAGGCUUCCACAAGUGGAGUACCAAACAAGUUCUCUUCAUCAGGAGCUAGUUCUGCCGAAGGAAGCCACUUGGGCUCCAUACUGAUGUCUGAUGGUAGUGAUGCCAUUAACUUUGAUAUCUCUGAUGGGAUUUACCAGGGGUCCAAUUUCAUGAAUGCCAAGCAUCAUCUUCCCUGUGAAGAUGGCACCACCAUUAACCUGCUUGAGCUAUCAUCACAGCUUCAGCGAGUAGAAAGUCAAAAGCAAUCCAUGCAAGCAAAGCAGGAAAAUGAUGCUUUCUGCUGGCCCCACAUCACUUGAGUGCUUUGCAAAGAAGGUCAACUCCCAUGGCAUUUAGAUCCUUUACCUCUUUCACCAGAAAACACCCUAAGAUCAGCAGCUGCAGCAGCAUCCCCCAACUUCUUCUGUUGACAUGUCUGCAACAUGAAAGUGUCUCUAUAGUUAGCAGAUCCUUCACAGUCAUUUCUUAAUCAUUUGCUGCUAACGUUUUUUCACAUUAGAGGAACAGCUGUUGCUGUGAUUUGCUGUGUGCUUAUAUAAAAGUACAAGGAAGACUGAGUGUGCUUGAGUGUGUGCUUUUUUGUCUAUGGCGCCACUUAAACGUGGUGCUUCAUUUCCUCCAUUCUAGCAAUAACCAAGUGUAGCAAGAAGUUCCUUUAUAUAGCUCAUUUGGCAAAAAUGCAUACUUUGCCCUCUCACCUUUUCAUAAAAAGUUUUACCCCUCAACUUUAAUUGUUCUAUUUACCUUUUCAACUUUCAAACAGUGAAAUAACUUAAUCUUUACGACUGACACGUGAUACUCAUGCGCUACCACAUCACGGGAUUAAGUCAUUCAAUAAUUAAAAAUUGAAAGGGUGAUAUGUAUAUUCUCUCAUUUCUCAUUUUGUAUAUAUUAAUGUUAAGAAUUGAACAAUCACACAAUCCAAAAAAGAUAAGCAUGAGAAGAAAUCAACACACUCAUUUAACAUGAUCACCAAUUUGGCGACGUUCACAGCACUUAGAAUUUUCUUAUUUCUUUAUGAGUUUUCAAACAGAAUACAUUAGAAGAAUAUUACAUAUUUAUAUACUCAUAAAAAAUAUGAACAAGACAAUAGUUCUAAAAAAAAUUCGCGACCAUGAGGUAUAGUGUAUAGUUCAUAAUAUAUCAUUAGAUUUUAUAUCACAAUAAUUAAAUUAUUCAAAAUUUUAAAAUUUAAGGAGUAAAUAGGAUAAAAAUAACGUUGAGAGCUAAAAUAAUUUUUCAUGAAAAGGUGAGGAGCAAAUUAUGCAUUUGGCCUAGCUCAUUUUCUAAAUGAGCAUACUUUAACCAUGAUAUUACCGGCCGAGCCUCAGCAGCAGAAGAUGCUUGCUCUUUUCCCCUUAUAUAUCAUUUGUUUAUGCUGUCUGUUACCUUACCAUGGUUUUAAAUGAUGGGUGAUAAGUUACAUACAAGAAUGUCGGCCUGCUAACCUGCUAUUUACCUCACAGCUACCGUGAUUUGCAAAUCAUGGCUAAAUGCAUGUGACACAG